AUAGCCAAUCAGAUUCGAGUAUGCAAAUUAAUACGCGCCUCACACCGUGGAGGAGUUGGUGAUGAUGCUGUCGAGGGGUUAAUGGAUUUAAAUGUUAUAUAAUCGCUUCAUGUUAGUUGUCCUGAGUCUUUUAUUGUACUAAAACAUAUGGUAGAGGAACAGGAACUACUUUCUGUUUCGGAAAGAUAUCAAGCUUUCAGGACGCGCGUUCCGUGCAUGACGUGUUCGUGGGCGGAGCUUUCAACGGCAGGCGGAUGAAUUGACUGGGCAGCGUCCUUGCGUCACACGUCAGUGGGCGGAGCCUUCUUCCUGGUUGCCUUUUAGACAGUUUGAAGCAGCUCUUACAGGUCACUUCAUUCAGACGCGUGCGCGAGUGUAUGUUUGUGUGUGUGUGUGUGUGUGUGUGUUUUAUUCUGUAAAUCAGCGCGAUGUCUAAAGACACGAAGGCGAAAGGAGAGGAGAUUAUGGAGUCCAGAGUGCUGUGGUACCCGGACUCGAAGAAGAACACGCAGAUGGACCGGUUUAGAGCUCAGGUGGACCGGGACUACGGGCUUAACCUCGUGAAUUAUAACGAUCUGUAUCAGUGGUCAGUGGAAAAUUACGCCGAUUUCUGGGCAGAAGUUUGGAGGUUCUGCGGCAUCACCAGCUCAAAGAUGUACGAGGAGGUGGUGGACGUGUCUAAGAGGAUCUCGGAUGUUCCUGAGUGGUUCAGAGGCAGCAGAUUAAACUACGCUGAGAACCUUCUCAAACACACAGAUCAGGAGAAGGUGGCACUGUAUGCUGCAGCUGAAGGAAGAGAAGAAAUCGUAAAGGUGACGUUUGCAGAACUGAGGCGUGAAGUCGCUCGCUUUGCUGCCUCGAUGAGGAAGAUGGGCAUUAAAGCAGGAGACAGAGUCGUAGGUUAUCUUCCUAACGGUGUUGAUGCAGUAGAGGCGAUGUUGGCUGCAGCGAGUAUCGGAGCCAUUUGGAGUUCCACGUCUCCGGACUUCGGGGUUAAUGGGGUGUUAGACAGGUUCUCUCAGAUCCAGCCGAAGUUGAUCUUCUCAGUAGCUGCAGUGGUGUAUAACGGCAAACAACACGACCACAUGGACAAGCUGCAGAGAGUCGUUAAAGGUCUUCCUGAUCUGAAGAAGGUUGUUGUCGUUCCUUAUGUUCGCUCCAAAGGAGAGACAGACCUGUCCAAGAUUCCUAACAGUGUGUUUCUGGAUGAGUUUUUGGACACAGGGAUGGAGGGAGAUCAGGAUCCUCAGUUGGAGUUUGAGCAGCUUCCCUUUUCUCAUCCUCUGUUCAUCAUGUACUCCUCCGGCACCACGGGGGCACCCAAGUGCAUGGUGCACUCCGCAGGGGGAACUCUGAUUCAGCACCUGAAGGAACAUGUUCUCCAUGGCAACAUGACGAGCAGUGAUGUCAUCAUUUACUACACUACAACUGGGUGGAUGAUGUGGAACUGGUUGGUGUCGUCUCUGGCUGUCGGAGCGUCGGUGGUUCUGUAUGACGGUUCUCCUCUGGUUCCGACGCCUGAUGUUCUGUGGAACCUGGUGGACCAGCUUGGAAUCACUAUAUUCGGUACAGGAGCAAAAUGGCUGUCUGUCCUGGAGGAGAAAAACCUGAAACCAGCUGAGACACACAGUCUGCAGAGCUUACACACCAUCCUGUCGACCGGCUCGCCGUUAAAGCCGCAGAGUUACGAGUACGUUUACCACUGCAUCAAACACAACGUCCUGCUCGCCUCCAUCUCAGGCGGGACAGACAUCAUCUCAUGCUUCAUGGGGCAGAACUUGACUGUUCCUGUGUACAGAGGCGAGAUCCAGGCGAGGAACCUGGGCAUGGCUGUGGAGGCCUGGAGUCCUGAAGGUAAAGCGGUGUGGGGUGAGAGUGGUGAGUUGGUGUGCUUGAAGCCGAUCCCGUGUCAGCCCACUCACUUCUGGAACGACGAUAAUGGCAACAAAUACCACAAAGCAUAUUUCUCCACCUUCCCAGGAGUGUGGGCUCAUGGUGAUUACUGCAAGAUCAACCCAAAGACAGGAGGAAUUGUGAUGCUGGGGAGAAGUGAUGGGACGCUGAACCCUAACGGCGUUCGCUUCGGGAGCUCAGAAAUCUACAACAUCGUAGAGGCAUUUGAGGAGGUGUGUGACAGUGUGUGUGUUCCUCAGUAUAACUCUGAUGGAGAGGAGCGAGUCAUUCUCUUUCUUAAACUGGUGCCGAAUCACACGUUCAGCUCCGAGCUGCUGACAAAAAUACGCAGCGCCAUCAGAGUGUCUCUGUCUGCUCGCCAUGUCCCCUCCAUCAUCCUGCAGACUGCAGACAUCCCGUACACAAUCAGUGGGAAGAAGGUGGAGGUGGCUGUGAAGCAGGUGAUUGCAGGGAAGGAGGUGAGUCAGCGUGGUGCUUUCUCCAACCCCGACUCUCUGGACCUCUACAAGAACAUACCUGAGCUGCAGAACUUCUAACCAACCUGCUGCUGGAGCUUCAACACCUGCUGUAGCCCUUGAACACCAUGUGGAAUCCCGAUGAACUCCAGGUCUACUGAAGACCUGAGGAACUUCAGAUGAGCGUUUCCAUCUUCUGAUACGAGUUUAAGAACUGUUAGGAGAUAAAAACCCUGCAGGCUCGACAUCUCAGUAACCUCUGACCCGACCCGACCUGACCCGCCCCCCUGCAGUGGUGGGAACGUGGCAGCACAGAGUCAUCAGGAGUCACAUGACCAUGAGUGACCUUCAGAAGCCUGACAACAAAACCAAUAGUUUUACGACGUCUGUUAGUUAAACUCUCGCUGAAGUUAACAUUGAGAGUGGGACAGAUUUAUUACAGCUGAGUGCUAACCACGCCCCUUAUGACCCCACCCCUUAUCAUAACUCUGCCCCUAUACUUAACAGUAAAGUUUAACACUACAGUUGGAGCUGCAGAAAUUCUCACUGUUACUAUUUUUUACUAAUUAAUGAGCUGUAAAAUAUUGUAAUUAAGAUCAAACUAACCCCACCCCAUAACUCUAACCCCUCCCAUAAUUAUAGCCCUCCAAAAUUACAACCCCACCCCCUAACUCUAACUAGGGUCAUUAUCCCACCCCUCGGCUGCUCAGCUCUUUGCUGAAAAUGUAAAUAAUGAAUUUAAAUGAAUUUAAUUAUUUAAACAGAAAAUUGUGUUAAAAAACCCCCAAACAUUUCAUAUCCAAUCCCUAAAACAGGUUUUACCCACAAUCCCCUGGGUGAGGUAUAGCGUUUAAUCACGCACUUUCCUCACAGUCCAUGAUAAGAUCUCGGUAUAUUUUAUGACGGAUUUGGAUAAUAAGUGGAGAAAUGUUAAUAAUCCGUUUAGUUUCUGUAACCGUGUUGUAUUUAAAGUUGAUGUAAAUGUCUUUAAUGUACAACAGAUCAUUUUAUUGCAGUGUUCCCCGUUAACAUGAAUAUAUUUAUAACUCGAAUCCUGA